AUGGGACCAUUCUCACCCUCAUAUAAGAACGAGUACAUCCUAGUGGCAGUGGAUUAUGUUUCAAAAUGGGUGGAGGCAAUCGCCAGCCCCAUUAAUGACGCAUGUGUUGUGACCAAGAUGUUCAAAACCAUCAUCUUUCCAAGGUUUGGAGUACCUAGAGUGGUCAUAAGUGAUGGAGGCAUUCACUUAAUUAACAAGGUCUUCCAAGGCCUCUUGAAGAAGAAAGGUGUCAAGCAUAAGAAAACAGUCAGAACUAAACGCAAGGAUUGGUCUCUCAAAUUAGAUGAUGCACUAUGUGCUUACAGAACAGCCUACCAGACACCAGUCGGGACCACUCCAUAUCACCUGGUCUAUGGCAAGGCAUGUCAUCUCCCUGUGGAACUGGAGUACAAGGCGGCAUGGACUGUCAAACUGCUCAACUUCGAUAUCAAAUUGGCCAAGGAGAGGCGUUCCAUCCAGAUUCACGAGCUAGAAGAGAUCAGGCACCUGGCUUAUGAGAGCACAAAGAUCUACAAGGAAAAGACCAAGGCAUAUCAUGACAAGCGGAUCAUCAGCAGAAGCUUUGAAUCGAAUGAUCAGGUCUUGCUCUUCAACUCCAGGCUGAAGCUGUUCCCUGGGAAGCUGAAAUCAAGAUGGUCUGGGCCGUUUACUAUCAAGGAGGUCCGGACAUAUGGACCAGUAGUGUUGAUGGACACAAACGGAGGAGAAUUUGUUGUUAAUGGUCAGCGUCUCAAGCCAUACCUUGCUGAAACAACAAUCGCAGAAGCUGAAGAAAUUCCCUUAUGUGAUCCCUCCACAGCCUAA